GCUGAUUCAGACUAUAGAUGCUUCACCUAUUCAAAAACCUUCUGUGGCGAAAAACCGGAAAAUUGGCUUUGAGUGAAAACUCCUUUUUUUCCAAAUAAAAUCGAUAUUCCAAAGUUACAUGAGAUCGAAGACAUCUUUUGCACUUGCAUUUUACGAAAAUUUUGAAUAUUGUGUCCGAUUUUGUAUCAACAAGCAAAAAGACAUGAUUGAAGUAUAGAUCAGCGCGCGUCGACUUGUGACUCCAAAACCGUUUUUUCAAGUAUGACUUUCUACAAACUUUAUUUAAUAAGUCCUCGCCUUCUUUUCAAAUACGGUAUCCAAGACGAUACAGAAUUUCCACUCUUUCGUAGAAACGCCAUGGAUAUAACCUGGUUAUUUUUCCCGAGGAAAUAACGCAGUACAUUUCUAGUGACUGAUUCCAGAUUUAAACGAUGGCAACUAACGAUGAGGCAAUCGGACAGCAAAAUCUCGACCACCAUUUACUCGUGUGGCUCGAUGACCAUAUCGGCCAACCUGACCGCUGUCUUCAGCUCAAGCGCGCAUUCUUCACGACUACAGAGCCUGUGAGUGGCAAUACAGUCAGUUUAACCGAUACAGACAUCGACAAUUCGCUCCGAAACGCUGAUCGCGUAACUGUCAAUUUCGAAGGUGUCACCAUCCACUUACAGCCGUUUACCGAUGUCUGGACCUGCUUGAAGUUCAUUCUCUGUAAUACAGACAAACGCAUUUUCUUGAUUGUGUCCGGUAGACUCGGUCGCAUAAUUCUUCCCUGCCUUAUGACCUAUUGCCCUCAAGUGUUCCAAGAUACAAACAGAAACCCAUAUAAUUUUAUAUACUGCUUCUGUUUGCAUAUGGAGUAUCAACAAUGGGCCCACUACUUCCCGGGUUAUAUUCAAAUGUUCAAUACGGAGCCACAACUCUUGGCUUGCCUUUGCCGAGAUAUUGGCGAUCAAUUCAUUGUGAACGGAAAUGCAAAACUUACUCAAAGAACCUUGCCUACUGCCCGAGAAGCUCUGCAAUACUUUGGUUGGGCCCAAAAACUUUUCCAUCGAGCAAACAGUGUGGAACGCCAAAGGUUUCUAGAAAAAGUUAACCAGACCCACGAACAAAUCAUCCAAGCCGAGGCACUUGUGAAGUCGCUGACCGCGAAUGAUUAUGAUGUGCAUCAUGUGGCUGCAGCAGCUGAGGAAUAAUAAUACAAUGAAGACUUUUCUUUCAAUCUGAAGUGUCUUUUUUACGCUAAUAAAUAAAUGGCGUGAACUUCUCUAAAUAGAUUUUGCAUAUGUUUAGAAAUAUGACUAUUCUUUGACCUUCUGACAUCAUAUGUUAUCAUAUGUCCGUCAUGUGUCUGUUAUUUACCCUUCCUGAUCUAUGUGCCUCUCAUGUUCUUUUCUAUUCUUCUUACGUCAUGUUCUGUCAUGAUUACUGAGGUCAUUAGUCUCUUUCAUCUGUUUCUCGUAUGUUCAACUACCUGUAAAUUUUAUAUAUAAAUAGUUGUGUUUUUUACUGUUUUUUGGGUGAUUGUUCGGAUUAUUAGUUAGUGAUAAAUAAAGUGACAGAAACUAUUCAGGGUUAUAUUUGGAAACGUAACACUAUGCUUGCCUUCUUAUGUAGUUUAUACCAUGUUGCACAAAAUUUGAUUCGCCAGAAAAUUGGGACUCAGAGGGUUAAAGUCGGCGAAUAUAGGUGAACAGAAUUUAAGUCUAAACUUGAUGAGUCAGCCUGAUAAGUGGUGCCAUGUCUUGGGCUCUGUGCAAUUCGAGGAUAAAGUUAAAUUCGUUGACCAUUUCUAUGCUAUAAAUGCUGCUUAACUGCCCUUACUCAGCGUCGUUUUAUCAAGUAAUAAAAUAACCUAUGAGUAUAUCGCAUAGGAAGGAUUGGUAUGCUGGAAAAUUUUAAUUUUUUGAGUCUAGCUACAUCUUUCCUAAUAGAUUUAACUUUUGACUAUGUGCAAUAAAGGCCCUGAGUGACUAAAAAUCUAUCGAAAACUAUUAUUUCGGUCAAAAUCUUCUGAAAAAAUGAUAUUUCACUAUUGGAAAUAAUUCUAUUACUUCUCCUGGCAAUAGCAAAUUCAAUUAUACAUACACGUUUUUGUUACGUAUAUGCUGGACUAAAAAUUACAAAUAUUUCGAAAAACUCCCUCGCAUGAAUCACAAACAUCGUAAAAAAGCCAAGAAAACCAAAAAAAAAGUUCUUCUGUUCAAUGAUGCAAAUUUGUAUAGAUUGUACCUUAACCGUAGUAUUGAAAUUGAACAAAAGAAUGCUGUUUCCGGUCAAUUGUUAACAACUUCACGGAAAAAUUCAAGUAUAAAAACUUUCAUCCAAGAAAAAUUACAUACAGAUUUAGAUACUAUUCGAUAUGACUUUAAUAAAAAAUUAAAUGAGCUUAAUCGAAUUUCGCUACUUCGUUAUGCACCCGAUGAUCAUACUGAACUAAAAAAUAGUUUAUUGUUACGUUUUGAUCAAUUUCAAAUAUAUUGGGUACAAUUAUCGAAACAAUUUAACAAAAAAUUAUAUACCGAUUAUCAGCAAUGUUAUUUGUGUCUAAAUCGAGAAUUUCAAGAAGAAAAAAAUACGAUUUAUCGUAGGCAAAAUUUAAUUAUGAAACAAUUAGAAGCAGAUAUUGGUAGAAUCGAAUCGUUCUAUACGAUAUCUCAAGAUACACAUGAAGUCGAACGUAAACGGUUAAGAAAAAGUUUCGAUCGUGAAUAUCGUCAAAAGAUAAUGUCUUAUUAUUUAAAAGUAGAAGAAUGGAUUAAAUAUUCGUUAUCAUCAAAGAGUUUCAGAAUACUCGUACAAGAUGAGACGUAUCGACGUCAUCAAGCAGAAAUGAAACAAGAAAUUCAUAAAAUCAUCCAAAAAGAAGUGUUGAUAGAAAAAUAUGCAAGACAAACGAAGCAAAUUGAAGUAAAUAUUGAAAAAAUUAAAGACAAAUUGAAAGAAGUCGGUAGAAAACAGAUAAACAUAUACUAUGAUCCAACAAGAAAAUUGUCCUUACCACUUUAUACAGUGAUGACGAAUAAACAAUAUUUACGUCAGUUCAUACUCAAACAUGCCAGUAACAUCCAACUACUUUCAUUACAACUAAAAACCUCUGUUCAACCAUCAAUUUCAAUGAAUUUUCAACAGAUGUUGUUGCAUCAUCGUUUGGCUGAACAAAAAUAUUGGCGUGAUUAUGAACAAAAUUUGGGAAAAAAGUUAAAAAACUCUAUUUUAUUACAAUUUGAAAAGAUUGCAUGUCUCAAUCGAUUAUCAACUAAAGUAAAAAAGAUUUUGAAUAUAAUUCGCGUAUGUUCAUUCUAUGAAAGUUCACAACUAAACACGAAAUUAAUCAAUAUUGGAAAACGAUAUGAAUGCAAAUUUGACAGUAAUGAUUAUAGAAUUAUGGAUGAUAUAGAUUCAACUGAAAAACAUUUAAAUUUGUUUAAUUCAAGAGUGGGUGCUGUCAAUUUUGAUUAUUAUAUUUUGAGAGAUAAAAAUACAAAGCUAAAAUAUGAAGGUAAACAAUUGAGAAAACUUCUUUUACAAUGUUCAUUGUUCUAUCAUACGGAGAUUUAUGAGAAUGAAAUUAAUUUUAUUCUUAAACAAAAACAAGAGAAAGAAAUUAUUGUCAAUAAAUAUAUUACAUUUAAAACCGAACGAAUUAGAACUUGCAAUGAUUUGUAG